CUAGCCGGGGUCGGGGGUGGCGGAAUCAUGCGAAUUGUGCCACUCUUCGUGGCGGAUAUCGCCGACGCACGGAUCCGUGGCAUGCUUGGAUCGUUGUUACCGAUCUGCCUCAAUCUUGGUACCGUGCUCGCCUUCAUCAUUGGCAGUCUGAUGUCCUUCGGAACCUUCCCACUGGUGGUACUGGCGUUACCCGUGCUGUUCAGCAUCACAAUGGCAUUCCUGCCAGAAACGCCGGCCUGUCUGCUGCGUGCCCUCCGGAACGAACGUGCCGAACGGUCUCUCGCUUUCUACCGUGGCGUUCGGGGACACUUCCAAAAGUCGGUCCGCUUUUGCACGGAGUUCCUGCAGCUCAAGGAUUCCGUCGUGCGCGAGAAAACCGCCCCGGAUGCUGGCCUAUCGUGGAAGGAUUUUACGAACAUCAUCUCACUGUCGCUAGGGACAUCGAUCGGAUGGCUGUCACCGUUUCUGCCGCUGCUGAUCUCCGCCGACUCCCCGCUGGAACAUGGCCCAGUGACGGACGUGCAGGCCACGUGGAUCGCGUCCCUGCUCUGCAUCGGCGCCAUCGGCGGUACAUUCCUGUUCGGCUGGUUGGCGGAUCAGAUCGGCCGCAAGUCAACCCUGCUGGCAGCGGCAGUGCCACUGAUUGGGUUCUGGGGUUGUGUAUCCUUUGGUAACUCCGUUGAGGUCCUGUAUGUGGCGCGACUACUCGCUGGGCUGGGAGCAGCCGGAGUGUUCCUUGUCGUGCCGAUGUACAUCACCGAGAUCGCCGAGGAUAGGAUACGAGGAUCACUUGGGUCACUGUUCAUCCUGUUCCUCAACAUUGGCACGCUGGUUUCGUUCAUCUUGGGCAGCUAUCUGUCCUACCACCUAACGGCCUACAUUCUGUUUACGCUCCCGGUUGCCUUCUUCAUCCUAUUUCUACCGUUCCCCGAGACGCCCCAAUAUCUGGUACGCCGGAACCGGGUUCGGGACGCCGAAUCGUCUCUGAAAUACCUGCGCGGCUAUACGUCCACACCGGACCAUCUGGAAAUGUUGCGCUCGGAAAUGGACUCGCUGUUGGUGCAGGCAUCGGGCGAAAAGGACCCGGCCGAACAGAGCGGAAUCACCUGGGCCGACUUUGCUGCUCCAUCUGCACGCAAGGCUAUACUGAUCGGGCUCCUGCUGGUUUCAUUCAACCAGCUAUCUGGUUGCUUUGCGCUAAUCAACUAUACCGCACAAAUCUUUGCCGAUGCUGGCUCCGACAUUGAGCCGAACACGGCGGCCAUGGUGGUCGGAGCGAUUCAAAUCAUUGGAUCAUACGGUUCUACGCUCCUUUUCGAUCGAUGCCAGAGAAAGCAUCUCUACAUCUGCACGAGCUUCUUUGCGGCCGUCGGUCUAUUCGCGAUGGGGACGCAUGGUUAUUUGAAGAGUCAGCACAUCGAUGUCAGCGUGAUCAACUGGAUACCGGUGGCCAGCCUGUCGUUUGUGAUAUUUAUCGCCUCCGUCGGUAUGCUGCCGCUAACGUUCGUCAUUCUGUCGGAGAUUAUGCCACUGAAGAUUCGAAGCCUGGCUGGUUCACUGUGCACCGCGUUCCUGUGGAUCGUCAGCUUUCUGGUGGUGAAAUAUUUCCCAGCCGCCGUCGAACUGAUCGGCCUGCACGGCUGCAUGUGGGUGUUCAGUGCGGUCUGCCUGAUCGCCGGCCUGUUCAAUGCGAUCGUCAUUCCGGAAACACGCGGUCAAAGCAUAGAACAGAUCAUACAAGCGAUGGAGAACGAUGUCAAGCGAUAA